CGCAGAGCGAGACUGCAGCGGGCCGUGCGGGGACGCAGGAGCCGGCAGCCAGGCGCAGGGAGGUGACCUAAGACGCAAACCUGGAAUGACUGUGUGCUGGUCUAGGAGGAUUCCCUCACAGCCUGAAAGGCCUAAACACCCCCUUGCAGUGAUUUCCACAUGUGAGGAACUUCUUCUGAAAACACCUUUCUGAAUGUCCUAAACAGUUCUUCUUUACCAACUUGUCAAUAUGGCAUGUAAAUAGGCCUGAAGGAGAUGACCUGGAAAGUACAUGUUACUAUGGCAAUGACUGCAGGGACUACAACAUCCUUUCCCAUGAGCAACCACACCCGGGAGAGAGUGACUGUGGCCAAACUUACACUGGAGAACUUCUACAGCAACCUAAUUUUACAGCAUGAAGAGAGAGAAACCAGGCAGAAAAAGCUAGAAGUGGCCAUGGAAGAAGAAGGCCUGGCAGAUGAAGAGAAAAAACUACGUCGGUCACAGCAUGCACGCAAAGAAACAGAAUUCCUGCGACUGAAGAGGACUAGGCUUGGCUUAGAUGACUUUGAAUCGCUAAAAGUUAUAGGAAGAGGAGCAUUUGGGGAAGUACGCCUCGUCCAGAAGAAAGAUACGGGUCAUAUUUAUGCAAUGAAGAUAUUGAGAAAAGCUGAUAUGCUGGAAAAAGAGCAGGUGGCCCAUAUCAGAGCAGAAAGAGAUAUAUUGGUCGAAGCGGAUGGUGCUUGGGUGGUGAAAAUGUUUUAUAGUUUUCAGGAUAAAAGGAAUCUUUACCUGAUCAUGGAGUUCCUACCUGGAGGUGAUAUGAUGACCUUACUUAUGAAGAAAGACACUUUAACAGAAGAGGAAACACAAUUUUACAUUUCUGAAACUGUGCUGGCCAUAGAUGCCAUUCAUCAGCUGGGAUUCAUCCAUAGAGAUAUUAAACCAGAUAACCUCUUGCUGGAUGCCAAGGGUCACGUGAAGCUAUCUGAUUUUGGACUGUGCACUGGUUUAAAGAAAGCUCACCGAACUGAAUUCUACAGGAACCUUACACACAAUCCGCCAAGUGACUUUUCAUUUCAGAAUAUGAACUCAAAGAGAAAAGCAGAAACAUGGAAGAAGAACAGACGACAGCUGGCAUACUCUACUGUUGGGACCCCAGAUUAUAUUGCUCCAGAAGUAUUUAUGCAGACUGGGUACAACAAGUUGUGUGACUGGUGGUCUUUGGGAGUGAUUAUGUAUGAAAUGCUAAUAGGGUAUCCACCUUUCUGCUCUGAAACGCCACAAGAAACAUAUAGGAAAGUUAUGAACUGGAAAGAAACGUUGGUGUUUCCCCCAGAGGUGCCCAUUUCAGAAAAAGCAAAGGACUUAAUUCUGAGAUUUUGUAUUGAUUCAGAAAAUAGAAUUGGUAGUAAUGGAGUAGAGGAAAUAAAGGAUCAUCCAUUUUUUGAAGAAGUUGACUGGGGACAUAUCAGGGAGAGGCCAGCUGCAAUCUCUAUAGAAAUCAAAAGUAUUGAUGACACUUCCAAUUUCGAUGAAUUUCCUGAAUCUGAUAUUUUACAGCCAGUGCCAAAUACCACAGAACCUGACUACAAAUCCAAAGACUGGGUUUUCCUCAAUUAUACCUACAAGAGGUUUGAAGGGCUUACACAGCGUGGCUCUAUCCCUUCCUAUAUGAAAGCUGGGAAGUUGUGAAACAAAACAAAACCCCAUAAAAUUAAAAACAAAACGAAAAAACCCAAACCUCAGGUAGCUGCAUCACCAGUCCUGCUUGGCGUAGACAUCAAUACAGUGACUCUGGUGCGCAUCGACUUCACAAGGAAAUUCUACAGGAUUAGGAUUUCUAAGACUACUACAGGAAUUAGUUGGCAGUGCCAGCUGGCUUUUUUUUUUUUAUAUUU